CAUGUUUUUGCUAAGCAAAAAAAAGAAGAGAGGGAGUCGUGCCGUCGUGGUAGCAAACAAUAAACUGAAUAAAGUAGCGGGAAACAAAAUGAGUAGGAUUUCAGAGUGCCCCCAAAUUGCUUGCAGGAAGGGGAGAUGAUCGACUUCGAAGACGAAGAGUUCCUCUCUCAAGUAGCCGCCGCUGAGGCAGCUGCGCUGUCUUCAUCCACCAAGCGUCGCCGGACCUCUACCUCCAAUUUCACCUCAACCGUGAAUAUCAGGCCCACCACGUCACCGAACAGCAACGACACUACCACUAGUAUCGGAGAAGGAGCAUACAUCGCAGCUCUCAAAGGCAGCAAAAGCAUCGAAUUCCAGCAACAAGCGGCAACAUUUUCCUCUUCUUCUGUAUCGCGCCAAAGCUAUAAACCCUUUAGUUCCGGUAAUCACAGCAACUCUUCAUUUCCUUCGUCUGAUUCUGGUAAUACGUGCUUCAAGUGUGGCAAAUCUGGCCACUGGGCACGCGAUUGCAGUGCUGGUCCAGUGAAUGAUGGAAAUGAUUCUGGGAGUUUCCCUGAAAAGAAAUGCCCGUGCGGGUCUGGAAAUUGCAUCAUCCUCACAGCCAACACUGAUAAGAACCGUGGUCGGAAGUUCUACAAAUGUCCUAUCAGGCAGGAUAAUGGAGGUUGUGACUUCUUUGAGUGGUGUGACAAGCCUUUAUUUACCCAUCACAUAGCGAUCCAAAGCAAGUCUUCCACAAACUUUUCAAUCCUCGAACUGUCUUGUCCAUGUGGUGCUGGUCCUUGUCUUGUUCUCACAGCAAAGACAGGGAAAAACAUUGGCCAGCAAUUCUAUCGUUGUCCUAGUCAGGAAAGCUGUGGGUUUUUCAAAUGGUGUAAUGAAAUGACAAACAUACCAGAGCCACAGAACACUCCUCAGGUUCACCUGAGUAUGGGUAGUAUGGGCAACAAAAGUUAUAAUAAUUCAGUGGCUUGUUUCAAAUGUGGGAAGGAAGGACAUUGGGCAAAAGAAUGUGUGAACUCUGUUCCGCUGUCAUCUCCUGCUGCUGAUGGAGCUGGGAAAUCAACCACCUUGACUUCAUGCUUUAAGUGUGGUGGAGCUGGUCAUUGGGCAAAAGACUGCACUUCUGCGGUUUCCAUCAGACCACCAAGGUCUACUAAGUAGGUUAAUGCAGCUGGACUGAAGUUCUUGGUUCCUCAGAUGAAAACUUUCCCAGGUGGUAAUAUAAAUGAUGUGGUAUUAAUGUGGUUGAUGUAGUCUUCAUUUCUUGAAGAUGGUAAAUGGUAAUAUACGGAGUAGUUAUGUUUUGGUAAUAUACGGAGUAGUUAUGUUGUGGUAAUAUACGGAGUAGUUAUGUUUUCUCUA